UGUUCCACGAGAAACGAUUCUCUGUUAUUGGUGAAAGGCGUCUCUGACGUAUGUUGAUAUUCAUCGGCAAGGUUGUCAAACGGAGCCGACUUAGGCGUCAUCGAAAGACCGUGAUAAUCCGAUCGAGGAUUCGUAGGCGAAAUACUUCAGCCUUCUCUGAAGAGACGCCAUAAGGAUGCGUUUUCGAGUUUCUUGCCACGCCCAUGUACGAGCAAGUUGGUGAAGAGGGAGGCCCUCCCUCCUCACGGGAGAUUAUUCUAUCCUACUAGCCCUGUUCCUGGUCCUUAUCUGCUAGGGUCCUCUUCUCACGUAGCGGGGAGGAAGUUUCAUGGAGUAAGUGACAGAAGAGCACAAAAAAUAUGGGCGAGAAAGUGGAUGUGGUGAUCAUUGGGGCAGGGCCUUCCGGCUGCGCUGCAGCCCACAGGCUGGCUUCCAUAGCUCCAGAUAUCAAGAUCGAAAUUUUGGAAGCACGAGAUCGGGUGGGAGGAAGGACCAUGACGAUAGAUCUGCCCUGUAAUCGUUCCGGCGAAGUGGAUCAAUGGGACAUUGGGGGUCAGUGGGUGGGCGCGUCUCAGACGGAUGUCAUGCAAGUCAUUCACGACUUCCAUUUCGAAACGUAUCCCCAGCCUUAUAAGGGAACCAAGUUCAUGCAGCUGGGAAAAAGUAAUAAGAUCACGACGUAUUCUGGUAUCAUUCCUGAUAUGGGGGGCCUUUGGGGUGCCCUUCAGAUGGCGUUCUACCUUUGGAAGUUGGAACGAAUGUGCAAAAAGGUGAGCAUAGCUGAUCCUUUCAGCAGUCCCGUUGCCAGAGAACUGGAGGGUCAUACCAUGGCAUCGUAUUCAGCAAAGUAUCUGACCAAUGAAGCUGCUUAUCAGUCCAUGGAUGUUGCUGCCAAAGCAGUGUUUGGUUCAAAUGCUUCGAGCGUGUCCAUGCUGUUCUUCCUUGCAUAUGCAAACAGCAGUGGAGGGGUCUCUAAACUCCUUGAAUCCACUCCUGGGAGCGCCCAAGAAUUACCAAGCGGGAAGACUUUUGAAGCCAGCUAUGUCAUCUCCACUCUACCCCCAAAUCUCCUUCUUAAAGUUGAAUUCCAUCCGCCUCUCACAAAGGCCACCAGAUUUGUGUAUGAGAACCUCCCAAUGGGCUAUUAUUCGAAGUACAUUGUUGUGUAUGACAAAGCAUUUUGGAAGGACAGAGGAUACAGCGGGGAGAUAGUGACGAAUGGCGGAGAUGGAGGCGGCCCACUCAGCGUAGUGUUCGAUGCAACGACGUGCCGAGGAACUCCUGCUCUCGUCGGCUUCAUAGCUGGUUCCGCUGACGUCAAAUACUCUCAAUUGUCAAAAGAUGCCCGAAAGGAAGCAGUGGUGACCGCACUGAGCAAGUUCCUCGGGGAUGAAGCUUUGAACCCUAUCCACUAUGAAGAUAAGAUAUGGAGAGAGGAUCCUUAUUCUGGGGGUUGUCCCAGCAACCAUGCUCAACCCGGGCCUCUUUCUAAUUUCAAAGAUGUUCGACUCCCUUUUCACAGAGUUCAUUUUGCCGGAACCCACACCGCAACAGAAUGGAAUGGUUAUAUAAGUGGUGCCAUCCAAGCCGGCAAAAGAGCUGCAGUCGAAGUUUUGCAUCGCUUCAGGCCUGCCUCAAUUUCUCAGGAACUCCUCAAAGGAACUGCCUACGAUCCCAAUCCACCAAUGCUUCCAAAGGGAUGCCAUACUUGCUGCGUGAAGCCGCUUCUGGGAUGUACACUUGGCAUUCUCGCUGUUGCAAUUGUGAUCAAGAUCAUUUACAACUCGGUUGGUCUUGCUUAGGUAAAGUACCCCGCUCGAUGGCACAAAAAUGACAAUACUGGCUGUCUUACAUAAAUAUGGGAUGACAUGCACAAGAUCUGUGUUACUGGUACUGAUCUGAUUCCAUAAUGAGAAUCUGAGUAUAUAAUUAAAUUAGCUAAUCUAUAGUUAAAAUCCAAAAUAGCCGAUCAGUUUUAGUGAAAAUGAAACAGAUCCCUAGUUCAGUUUCAUCAGACAGUACCAGCAAUACAGGUAUCAGAUUAUCAAAAUACAUUCACACUCAAUGACGAUUGACGAGUAAAAAUCAGUGGUACCGUUGAUUUGGUCAUGAGUUAGAAUCCAUUUGUAUUAUUCGUGUACAGCGUUGAAUAAUCAGCCUGCUUCUUCAUGCCCUUUUUUUAUACUAGGGAAGUGCAAUAAGAACUUAAAUUGUGAUUUGUAGUCAAAGGGGUUUUCAUGUUCUAAUGUAUAGCGAGAACUAUGAAGUGCAUUCUUUGGAAUUAUUGAAAAUUUUCACGUGAAUUGUAAGAACAGGGGCUUAAGUUUCCUUCUUUUAAAGGUUCAUCUUGGGAUUCAUUUAAUAAAGAUUGAUUUUGGGUUCAUUUAAAUGAAGGUUGUCAGGUCAGUGGGG